AUGAAAAGUUCUCCUCAUCGUCCUUCCAUUGAACUCUUGUUCAAGAGAGGCCUCGGAAGUGCUGAGAUCGCUCGACGCCUUCAAAUUUCGUCUUCGACGGUUCGAAACGUUGUCGCUGCUAUCAAAAAGCGAGGAGAUGCUUCUGAAGUAAAAAAAAGCGGACGUCCACGUUCUGUCAACACCCGGAAUACUCGUGCAAUCAUCAAGAAACGGAUCAUUCGAAAUGAUGGAUUGAGUCUCAAUAGGAUGGCGUCACAGCUUGGAAUUGCCCGAUCCACUGUCCAAUCGAUUGUCAAGAACGACUUGAAGCUCAAAAGUUACAAACUACGUCGUGGACAGUACCUCUCGGACAAAUCGAAAGCGAUGCGACUCGAAAAAUGCCGAAAAUUACUCCAGCACUUUCAAGUGCGCCGCGUCUCUGACGUUAUCUGGACAGACGAGAAGAUCUUCACUAUUGAACCUCUUCUCAACCGUCAAAACCAAGACAGUUAUUGUCAAAGGAUGACAGCAUGUCUCCGAAACGUCGUCUUGCCCAUAACCGCCUUUUCCCGAAAAGUGUCAUGGUUUGGGCCGGUAUCACGGCAACCG